AUGGCCAUUGUUUUGAGAUUUGUUACUCUAGAUGGUUUUGUUAAAGAGAGAUUCUUUGAUGUUGUGCAUGUCACUGAUACUUAUGCAACAACUUUAAAGAAAGAAUUGAUUUCUGUCCUUUCUCAUUAUAAUCUCCAAGUUGAAAAUAUCAGGGGUCAAGGGUUACAAUUAGCAUUGGUGGUAGCUUCAAGAGAGGUACUUCAAAUUCAUGAAUUUUUUACUCAAUUAAACUCUAUUGUCACUAUUGUUAGUGCUUCUUCAAAAAGACAUGAUCAAUUACAAGAAGCUCAAGCAAUUGAAAAUGCAAACUUGGUUGCUCAAAAUGAAUUAGAAACAGGCAAAGGUGCGAAUCAAAUAAGCACUUUACAAAGAGUUGGGGAUACUCGAUGGAGCUCUCACUUUAAUUCUAUUUGCAGUUUGGUAAAAAUGUUUACUGCUACCAAUAUUGUUCUCAAUAAUAUCAUUGAAGACGGGACAACUUAUGCACAAAGAGGUGAGACUUAUGGUGUUAGUAAAAUAUUAUUGUCAUUUGAAUUUGUUUUCACUUUGCACUUGAUGAAAGAGAUUAUGGAAAUCACUAAUGUUCUUUGCCAAACACUGCAACAACAAUCUCAAGAUAUUCUUAAUGCAAUGCAUAUUGUUUCUACAUCAAAGUUACUUCUUCAACAAUUAAGAGAUGGUGGAUGGUGCAAUUUUCUUGCAAAUGUUAAAGAUUUUUGUGAAAAACAUGAAAUUGAAGUCCCUAAUAUGAGUGCACAAUAUGUUUUUGGAAGAGGUCGAUCUCGUCAACCAAGUGUGACAGUUGAGCAUCAUUAUCGAAUAGAUGUAUUUUUGGCAACAAUUGACUUUCAAAUACAAGAAUUGAAUAGUAGAUUUAAUGAGCAAACAAUAGAGCUUUUGACUUUGAGUUGUGCUUUGGAUCCUAAGGACAAUUUCAAAUUAUUUAAUAUUGAAGAAAUUAGCAAGUUAGCAGAGAAGUUUUAUCCCCUUGACUUUCCUUCUAAUGAGCUAAAUAUUUUGAAAUCUCAGUUGCAACAUUAUCAGCAUGAUAUACCAAAUCAUUUGAAAGGCAUUGAUACACUUUCUGAAUUGUGCAACAAGUUACAAGAAACGGGAAAAUCAAGAACUUAUCACAUGGUUGAUAGAUUAAUACGUCUUGUUUUGACUCUACCAGUGUCUACAGCAACAACAGAAAGAGCUUUUUCAACAAUGAAAAUUGUUAAGACAAGACUCCGAAGUAAGAUGGCUGAUGAAUUUCUUGCAGACAAUUUGGUCAUCUAUAUAGAAAAAGAAUUAGCAGCUAUUUUCAACACAAAUUCAAUUAUAGAUAAUUUUAAAAAUAGAAAAAAACGUCGAAUAACCUUUUCAUGA